AUGACGGACGACACGGCGCUUGUCAUGCUCAAGCGCAGCCUGGGAGCUAUCCGUCGCUCCAUUUCCCCCGACUUUGAAGUGCAGUACGCGCGCGGCAUGGAGGGUCUCUCGACCUUCCUUGAGGAGGCGUCGACGCUUCUGGAGCCGUUCGGCAUGCGCAUCAAGCGCGCGAAGUCUGACGAUGGCGUCGGCUGGGUCGUGCUGGCAAACGACGAGACGGGUGACAUCGGGCGCAUGGCGACAGACCUCUCCUCGCUCGAGAUCUCGUACUUCCGCGCCCUGCUUGAGGCGAUCAUGCUUUCUCACCCCGCCAACUCGGUCUCGAACGCGCAGGCGCUCCGCCUCACGACUGACCUGAAGGGGAACAUGAGCAAGCGUGAUGCUGAGACGCUGCUUGGUGCACUGACGAGUCGCGGCUGGCUGGCAAAGUCAAAACGCGGACGAUACACCCUCGCGCCCCGCGCCAUGAUCGAGCUCGACAGCUAUCUUCGCGAACAGUACGAGGACGAGGGUGUGAUCUGCGCGAAUCCUGAGUGCGAGGCACACUACCACACGUACUGCUACGAGCAGAUCAAGCAGGCCGGACGUGACAAGUGUGCCGCCUGUCAGACACGAUUCAGUGAGAAUGAGCCGCGGCCCCUCGGCGAGCUCUCUGUCCCGAGGAGGGAAGACCAGUGGGGCACCCUCAACAACCGCAGGAAGCGCCGGGAGAGGGACGAUGAGGACGAGAUUGAGGACGAGGAGGAAGAGCAGGAGCUUGACAGUGAGGAGGAAGUUGAGGUGAGUACUCGAUCUGUUGUUUCUGGCCCCGUGUCAACACCUGCCACUACGUCCAAUGUUGCGCUUCGACCGUAA